AUGGUGACAGGAGUGGAACUCCUGGAGGAGGGGGCUGCCAUGUGUUCAAAUUCUCUUGAUGCUGAUGUGCUGAAGAAGCUGCUCAAGUGGAAGACAGGGAUGGCAGCRACCGUGCACUGCAUGACCGAGGCGGAGCUGGUGGACGUGGCGCUGGGAGUGCUGGCCGAGAAGCUGCAACGCGAGGAAGCGCAGGCAAAGACCUGGUCUGCAAGCGAGGAGGAGMAGGAGCACCCGCCAGUGCCGAGCAGCCCCGCCAGCAGCCCAGCCAGCACGGAGGAGGGCAGCGGGYGCCAUCCACCUCAGCCGUCCUCUCCGGACCCCGGUGCAGAGACGGUGGACUCGGAGGACGAUGCUCUGAAAUACGUCAGGGAGAUCUUCUUCAGCUGAGGCCUCUCUUCCUCRUGUCCGCAGGUGGCAUGGACAGCGAGGGUGAGGCCUUGGGGUGGCCACACUUUGGCCAUGGCUGGUGGUCUCUCACCACAGUGCAGGGAGAAGGCUGGCACUGGCCAGGGCCAGAGAGAGCUCCCUCCUGGCAGCAUGUGCUGGGACCAGUUGGGUUUUGCCC